UAUUGGAUCAUCCUAUAUAUUUAUCUGUCGUAGUGUCGCAAGGGAACUUGCGCAUAGAGCCGCAAAGGUAGGAGUAGUGGAAGGUUUCAAAUAGAGCCACUGAAUAAAUACUGUCCACUAGUAUAAUAGUCGUUGGUUCAGCGAGUAUGUUACUACGACACGCGACCACAUACUAAUCAAAAACAAUCAACCAGGUAUCAUCAGAAACAUGACAUCGAAAGAAGGAUUAGGUCUAUCGGACCUGGCGAAAAUCGAAGAGGUGGUUGAUCAUCCGGUGGAGUUGUUCAGGAUUUGGCACGAUGACGCACGAAGAUUCAACCCGAGGGCUCCAGUCGCCUGUUGCUUGGCUACUACUUCAAAAGAUUGUAAGGUGUCUGCCAGAAACGUUGUUCUUCGCGAAUUCGAUAAAGAUGGUUUUGUAAUCGUAACGGAUAGUCGUAGCAAGAAAGUUGACAAUUUAGAGAAUGUCCCCUAUGCUGCUAUGUGUUUCCUUUGGUUCUAUAUAAACGAACAGGAGCAGGAGAUCACAAAACAGGUGAAAAUAGAAGGUAUCAUGAAGAAAUUGGAAAAGGAAAGUUAUAAGCAUUUAUAUGACAGAGAGCCAUUAUUUUGUAAGAUACGAUCUCAUGUAUGUAAUCAAGGACGUGAUGUCAAUUGGGAGGAGCUAAAGCAACGACAUGACGAAGUAUUAGAUUCGAUUCGUAAAGGAGAGAAUGACUUACCAAUGCCAGAUCAUUUCGUUGGAUACAAACUCUUUCCAACAAUGAUGGAAUUUUACUUCGCGAGAGACUAUCUUAUAGGCGAUCGUAUUUUAUAUCAGAAAAAUAAAUCGAACGAUUCCUGGGAGAAUCAUCACAUAGCGGCAUAAUACAUUAAAUCUAUGCUGAUUAUCGAGUGAUCGGAAGAGUUAAAAUAUAUGAAGAUCAGUUAGUUUAACUCGAAGAUAAAGAUAUUUGUUCAUCGAAAA